AUGGAUGAGCGUUCGAUAAGACGAACUCUCUUGAGCACUUCGGCUGAUGAAAAACGGCUGUAUAGAGCUAGAAUUAGGAAAUUCAGAAAAUCUCAUAGCUUAUAUGUUAUUUUGCUAGCGUCGUUGGCACUUUUGCAAUUCAUUGCAAUCGCCUUUUUCACUAGAGGCUUUCUGUUGGCUCGACGGGUCCUUGAUGAUGUCGGGAUCAAGACAGAGGAUUAUGGGAAGUUCGAAAAAGCGGUGGUGUUGGUGGUGGAUGCGAUGAGAUUUGAUUUCGUGAUACCUGUAGAUCCCGAGGAGCCUGGCUUCAACCACAAUUACCAUAACAAUAUUGACGUGCUCUAUGAGAGUCUGUUUCGUGAACAUGGUUCGUCUUUGCUUUUGAAAUUCAUUGCUGAUCCUCCUACUACGACUCUGCAGAGGUUGAAGGGCUUAACUACGGGUUCACUACCGACUUUUAUCGAUGCAGGGUCCAAUUUCGAUGGUAGUGUUAUCGAUGAAGAUAAUCUGAUAAAGCAGAUGUUUCAACAGGGCAAGCAAGUUUAUUUUGCCGGCGACGAUACGUGGGACAAGCUCUUUCAUCCUUUCUUGUCUUCCGAGAGUGUGCCCUACGAGUCAUUGAACGUGUGGGACUUGGAUACCGUCGACAAUGGGGUCAUAUCCUACUUCCGCGAACAUCUCAUAGACCGAGCGGAUCCAGGAUGGGAUGUGCUGAUUGGGCAUAUGUUGGGAAUCGACCAUGUGGGCCAUAAGUACGGCCCGAAUCAUUUUACUAUGCGCGAGAAGCAGUUGCAGGUUAACGAAUUUAUUGGUCUGAUAAUGGCCGCUAUAGAUGAUGACACGGUACUGAUAGUCAUGGGAGAUCAUGGAAUGGAUCAUACUGGUAAUCAUGGAGGUGACUCUGUCGAUGAACUCGAGAGUGCUUUGUUCCUGUAUACCAAGAGGCCAGGAAUGUGGAGCCAUCUAGAACCUGAGGCAUACAACAUUUCUAAACUAGGAGCAGACUAUAGACAGAUUAACCAAAUCGAUUUGGUACCGACGAUCUCUAUCCUACUCGGCUUACCGCUUCCGUUCAACAGUCUUGGAUGGCCCGUCGAUGAAAUCGCAAGCACAAAAGAAGAAAGGGAUUUCUAUGCUAGAAUCACACUGGAGCAAUUGGAGUUGUAUAAGCGAACAAGUGAUAUGAUCACUAAUUCUGAGAAGGCUCGUGCAUUAGAAGAAGCAUGGAACAGAGCAAUUAAGGAUCCCUCGCUUGCUGCAUCAUAUCAAAGCCAGUUCCUCGAAGUUUGUAAGGAUUUGUGGACCAGAUUCGAUUAUUGGAGUAUAGGAACGGGUAUUAUUCUUUUAACGAUAUCGCUAGUCCUUUUACUUUCUAUCAUGAAGUUGAUACCGUCUAUUGUGGUGGGCCAAAUGGUUUCUGAGUUUGCUCCGUGGAUUGCAAUAAUGACUCUCGUUUCUAAUGCCUGCCUUCAUGGACUUUUUUAUGUUUUCAAACAGCCGGCUUUUCUUGAAGAUGUUCUUUGGUGCUCAUUACUUGCCACUGCCAUUGGAAUCAUUGUUGGUUGCUUCAUUCCGGUGUUUGACCGGUACAGUUUAAAGUGGAUACUGAUUAGAUUUUUCGAGGAUUUGUCCGAUUAUUGGUCUAGAAUCGGUGCACUUUUGUUGACCCUUCAUGCUAUUUCAUUUACCUCUAAUUCUUUCACGAUUUGGGAAGACAGAAUUGUGAGCUUUCUGCUUAUCUCACUGGGCAUGCUCACUCUGUAUGAGUUCGUCUUCCUGCCCAAACGGGAAUCAACAUCUGCUUUACUGACGGCUGCGAUCAGCGAAAAGCAAGGCACCACAUCUGGGGUCCGUCAAUCAACUGCAAACUCAGAUUCAUUACCUUUAACGAGAUUUGCACGCUUGCUUGGGGUCUAUCAUUCCAUCGUACUGAUAGUCUGCACAAGAAUUGCAUCCAUGAUCUCUAUAUGUCGAGAAGAGCAAGGCCAAUACUGUGUACCGACCUUUACAACAAAGAACAAUUACUCUUUGUGGUGUAUGGGACUCUGCCUUUUGACUGUGGCCUUGAUACCUUCAUGCAUAAAAGGUUAUUACAACCUUUCUUUAUCGUACCAAGCGGCUGCACCUAUCUGGAUUGAUUUCUUCUUGAAAGGUGUCCUUCUGACUAAUUUUGUCUAUUGGACCUUGACAGCGCUAGAAAACAAUGCCAUCGGAUUAUCAUGGAAUGUUUCAAUUUUCAAAUUUACUAUUGCCAGAAUAAUCGCAGGCUUUUCCUUGAUUGCAUCAAACAUAGGUUGGAUGAUGGGGCCUCUGUGUGUUAAACUCAACAUCCACAACACGGAUGCCAAAUCUCAUCAAGCAACAAUAUUGGGAUACGCAAAUGCGUAUGGUGCUCAAUUCUUCCUGCUGGUGAUCAAUGCUCUCAUGGCAAUCAUAUUAUUCAACAAACCAUUGGCACAAAUUUCUCUGUACUUGAUGUGCAACCAAUUGCUAUCUAUAUUAGAAAUCAUUGACCUUCUAAAACUGAAAGAAAACAUUAUAGGGCCUUUCGCUUUGGCGCUUCUAGCCUACUCACAGUUCUUCAGCACUGGUCAUCAGGCAACAAUCCCUUCUGUUCAAUGGGAUAUUGGUUUUACACUGUCGGAGACAAUCACAUUUCCGUUUACUCAACUAGCAAUCAUUUUAAACACUUUCGGUCCUCAAAUUUUGGUUGCACUCUCUGUGGCUCUCGUAACGCUUUGGAAACAACAGCCAGAUGUGUUGAAACCACAGACGCUUUUGGGCAGAAUAGUUUCCAACUGCGGUUCUCUAUUGGUUUAUAACACAGUGCUAUGUCUGAGUUCCUUUGUUUGGGUUACUCACUUCCGCCGACAUCUGAUGGUUUGGAAGAUCUUUUGCCCAAGAUUUCUAUUCGCUAGUAUGAGCUUGAUUGCUGUGCAAAUCGUCGUCACGUUCGGAACCGUGGCAUUCGCCAGCGGAAGAAUCAUAAGGCAGAUUAACGACAUUUUUUGGAAGUGA